AUGCACGGACUUUUGCUUGCUGGCCUCGCGGCGGCCUUGCCCUUGGGCGUUGCUGGUCUUCCUGCCCGUCAACAAUCCGGUCUCAGCCCCCGCGGCAUUGAUAUCAACGCUUACCGCUUUGCCUCCAUGGCCAAGUACUCCGAGCACAAGACCACCUCCCAGAUGGUUCACUCCUUCUCCUACUCCAAGGAUGACGACUACGUUGCUACUGCCACCAAGUUGGUCAAGAGCACUUUCCCCAACAUGACCUUCCGCACCGUCAAGGACCACUACAUUGGCACCAACGGCAUCGGCCACGUCCACUUCAAGCAGACUGCCCACGGAAUUGACAUCGACAACGCCGAUUUCAACGUCAACAUUGGACGUGAUGGCAAGGUCUUCACCUUCGGAAACUCCUUCUUCGAGGGAGAGAUGCCAAAGACCAACCCAUUGACCAAGCGUGACUUCUCUGACCCCGUCAAGGCCCUCCACGGUGCCGUUAAGACCUUGAAGAUCCCAGUCAAGCCCGAGAGUGCUAAGGCCAUGCCAAUGAAGGAGGUUGAGACCUUCAAGUUCGAGGGUACCUCUGGUGCUCUGUCUGAGCCAAAGGCCAAGCUCGUCUACCUCCAGAAGGAUGGCAAUCUCCACCUCACCUGGAGAGUCGAGACUGAUGUCGGUGACAACUGGCUCCUCUCCUACGUUGACGCCAAGGAGUCUGAGACCGUCCACAACGUUGUUGACUACGUCGCCUCCGCUGACUAUAAGGUCUUUGCCUGGGGUCUCAACGACCCAACUGAGGGCCAGCCCACCAUGAUCAAGGACCCAUGGAACACCACUGGCAGUGGUUCUCCAUUCACCUGGCACGGAGACGGCCAGAUGGAUUACACCGUCACCCGCGGCAACAACGUUCCUGCUCAGGACAACCCAAGCGGUGGCAGCCAGUGGGAGAACAACUACCGCCCAGAGAGCGCUGAGCUCAGCUUCGUCUACGAGUACAGCGAGCAGAUGGAGCCAGAGCAGUACAAGGACUUCGCCAUCACCCAGCUCUUCUACACAGUCAACACCUUCCACGACGUUCUCUAUACUCUCGGUUUCACUGAGGAGGCCGGUAACUUCCAGAUGAACAACAACGGCAAGGGAGGUCAGGGUAACGACUUCGCUAUCUGCAACGCCCAGGACGGCUCCGGCACCAACAACGCCAACUUCGCUACUCCCCCAGAUGGCCAGCCCGGCCGCAUGAGAAUGUACACCUGGACCACCGCCCAGCCAUCGCGUGAUGGUGACCUUGAGGCCGGUAUCGUCAUCCACGAGUACACUCACGGUCUCUCCAACCGUCUCUGUGGUGGUCCCGCCAACUCCAACUGCCUCAACGAGCUCGAGGCCGGUGGUAUGGGUGAGGGCUGGGGUGACUUCUACGCCACUGCCAUCCGCCUUAAGCAGGGUGAUACCCACGACACCGACUACACCAUGGGUGAAUGGGCUGCCAACCAGAAGGGUGGUAUCCGUGAAUACCCAUACUCUACUAACAUGCAGACCAACCCCUACACUUAUGCUGAUGUGCAGGGCAUGAGCGAAGUCCACGGCAUUGGUACCGUCUGGGCUACCAUCCUCUACGACGUCCUGUGGAACUUGAUCGAUGAGCACGGCAUGGGCAAGAACAUCAUGCCCAAGUUCGUCAACGGUGCUCCAACUGACGGCCGCAACCUUGCCAUGAAGCUCGUCCUCGACGGAAUGACCCUCAUGCCAUGCAACCCUAACUUCAUGCAGGCCCGUGAUGCCAUCAUCGAUGCUGACCAGGCUCUCACCAACGGCCAGAACAAGUGUGCUCUCAUGAAGGCCUUCGCCAAGCGUGGUCUUGGUUCCAACUACAAGCACGGCAAGAACCGUGUCAACAACUUCGACAUGCCCGCUGGCUGCUAA